AUGGCCGGUGGCACAUGCCAGGGAGGACACGGCGAGUACUGUGCUGGCCUGGACGGACCUUGCGAGCCACCCCUGGGUGGCCUUUGUCCCCUUCAGCUCUGGGGCAGUGUCACUGCAUGGUGCCGGGGCCCACUGUCCUCGGCUGGCUCGCCCAGGCAGCAUGUGCCACGGACGGAGACUGUGCAGAGGACACGGCUUGGUGCCAGCACCACCAGCCCCACGCACCUGGUAGCAGAGGAGGCUUCCAAGCUGGGGCAAAGGGGCAGCUGAGCUCUCCCUCUCUGCCUGCAGGCAAGCGAGGAUGGGGAGAGCAUGGGCCACUGCCCCUUCUGCCAGCGGCUCUUCAUGGUGCUGCUGCUCAAAGGGGUGCCCUUCACCCUCACCACCGUGGAUGUGAAGAGGGCACCGGACGUGCUGAAGGACUUUGCACCAGGUGCCCAGCUGCCCGUUUUGCUCUACAACGGCGAGCCUAAGACUGACACCGUCACCAUCGAGGACUUCCUGGAGGAUCACCUGGGCCCCCCCAUGUUCCCCAGCCUGGUCCCACAGUACAGGGAGUCAAGCCUGGCUGGGAAUGACAUCUUCCACAAGUUCUCCACCUUCAUCAAGAACCCAUCGCCUUCCCAGGACGAGGCACUGCAGCGGAACCUGCUGCGGGCCCUGCUGAAGCUGGAUGAGUACCUGAGUGCCCCCCUGGAGUACGAGCUGGCCCGUGACCCCCACCUCCGGGCCUCCCAGCGCCGCUUCCUUGAUGGGGACCAGCUCACAUUAGCCGACUGCAACCUGCUGCCCAAGCUCAACAUUGUUCAGGUCGUGUGCCAGCAUUACCGCCGUUUCGGGAUCCCCAAGGACCUGCAGGCUGUGUGGCGCUACCUCAAUAGUGCCAAUGACACCAAGGAGUUCAAAUACACCUGCCCCAACAGUGAGGAAAUCAUGCAAGCCUAUCGCUCCGUGGUCCGGUUGCCACAGUGAGCCAGGCUUGCGCCCAGGUGGACACAGGACCAGGGUUGGAAAACAGGCCAGCACCCACCCUGGUCCUGCCAUGACCACCACAGUCCUGCCUGCACACACGUGGGAGGGCAGAGAGCAUGAGCUGUGCCCCGGCACCCAAAUUCCCCCUGCUGGCACCCCUGCCACGGUGCCGGCAGCAAUCUGCACCACCCCGAGCCUGCAAAUGCAUUCUCACCUCUUGUGCCACCCGCUCUGCCUGGUCAGGACCCCUGUGACCUGCCCUGUGGUCCCUCAAGCAUCAGGAUGGGUGCAAGGGGGCCACAGCCACAGGCACCAUCUGUAUCAAAGAUGGGCAAUGCUGAGGGUAAGGGCAGGAGCUGGGGAGGAAAAGCUGCCCAGAGCAGAGGGCUGUGGGGCAGAGAGGGCAACGCUCUGCAGCACCCAUCCCUGCAGACUCCCUCGGAGACACACUGUGCCACCCGCCAGCUGAGUGAGCCAAGGCAGGGCUGUGCCAGGGCAGCAUGCACUGCAGGGUGCCCUGAGGAGCUGCACGGGGUGAGAAUUGGCACAGGCAUGGCAGAGGCCUGAGAACGGAGCCGGCGGGAUGGCACGAGUGGCGGACAUGGCCAGCCCCAUCAUCCUGGGUGUGGGGAGAGCACUGUCCUCCAACAGCAAUGAGGAAGCUCUCAGGAGCAGAUCUGGGAGAGGGAUGGGGGUGAAGCGGGGCAAGUCCAAGCCAUGUAUCAGAGCUCCUGGAAAUCAAUAAAGGCUUUGCAAGUGAGACAAGCGUGAGUCGAGUGACCAGCCCCAGCAGCUCUCCUUCCUUGCAAGACUUUGCAUCAGAUCCCCGUUUUCUCCCAGUGCCUAGCAAGGGCUGGGCCAU